CGCGGUAAGAGAGUUAGAUAGUAGGUUCAGAAUGCCGGAGACUUCAUCGCCGUACAUAAAUGUUUAUCAAUAGAAUGGUCACAUGGAGCCGGAAAUAUUGGAGGAUACAUUCCUGUUGACUUCGGAAUCUGUGGGGGAAGGCCAUCCAGAUAAAAUGUGCGACCAGAUCAGCGACGCCAUUCUGGACGCUCAUUUGAGGCAAUAUCCUGAUGCCAAAGUUGCUUGUGAAACUGGCAUGAUUCUUCUCUGUGGUGAAAUAACAUCAAAGGCAAACGUUGAUUACCAGAAGGUGGUCAGGGAAACAGUGAAGCACAUAGGAUAUGAUGACACUUCUAAAGGGUUUGAUUACAAGAUUUGCAGCGUGCUGUUCUCUCUGGAUCAGCAAUCUCCAAACGUUGCUGCUGGUGUGCACCUGAACCGUAAUGAUGAUGAUGUAGGUGCUGGUGAUCAGGGUCUUAUGUUUGGUUAUGCAACUGAUGAAACAGAAGAAUGCAUGCCAUUGACAGUAGUGUUGGCUCACAGUCCUAAUCAAAAAAUUGCUGAGCUUUGGAGAAAUGGAGAGUUUUGUGUGUAA